GCUCCGCGGUGACGUCACAUUCCAGUAUGUGCAGCUGAGUCGCAGUUUGGUCAGAAGAGGUCAAAUAUCCCCCAAACCCACCCAAAGGCUGCCAGUUCAACAAGAGAUCAGCCGCUGCUGACGGAUCAUCUCCACGAAAAUGGGCAACUGUCAACCCACAGUUUUUCCCUAUGAAGAUUUUGAUGUUGUUGCUGACAUCAAGGCCAUUCGCAAAGCCUGCAAGGGGUUAGGAACUGAUGAGCAGGCUAUUAUUGACAUCCUGGCAAACCGGAGUUCAGCUCAGCGUCAGGAAAUUAAACAGGCCUAUUUUGAAAAAUAUGAUGACGAAUUGGUGGAUGUGUUGAAGAAAGAGCUGUCAGGGAACUUUGAGAAGGCUGUCCUUGCCAUGCUGGAUCCGCCGGUUAUCUAUGCUGUGAAGGAGCUCAGGAAGGCAAUGAAAGGUCCGGGCACUGAUGAGGACGUCUUGGUGGAGCUCCUCUGCACCGCUACAAAUGCUGACAUUGCCAUGUUCAAGGAAUGCUACUUUCAGGUGCACGAGCGUGAUCUUGAAGCCGAUAUCGAGGGAGAUACGAGCGGGGAUGUUAGAAACCUUCUCACAGCUCUUUUGCAGGGCAACAGAGAUGAGAGUUAUGAGGUGGAUGAGAAUUUGGCUGAACAAGAUGCUAUUGCCCUGUUUGAGGCUGGUGAAAGCCGUUUUGGGACAGACGAAUCCACUUUCACCUACAUCCUGGCCACCAGAAAUUACCUGCAGCUCCAGGCCACCUUCAAGAUAUAUGAGCAGCUCUCUGGAACAGAAAUCCUCGAUGCCAUUGAGAACGAGACUGGAGGGACACUGAAAAAAUGCUACACUGCUCUCGUAAGAGUUGCCAAGAAUCCCCAGCUUUACUUUGCGAGACGUGUGAACAAAGCGAUGAAAGGAGCAGGCACUGAUGAGGACACCCUGAUUCGCAUUAUUGUGUGUCGCUCCGAGUAUGAUUUGGAGACCAUCAAGGACAUGUACCUGGAGAAGUAUGAUGUGUCCCUUAAGGACGCCCUGAGGGACGAGUGCAGCGGUGACUUUAAGCGCCUCCUUCUCGCUAUCUGCCACUGAAAGCCAGAGAGGCAGGCAGGAAGGACGCGGGUUGUCUGGUUAACAAACUAACUUUACCCGGUCUCUCUGUAUGAUAUUGUGACCAGAGCAGGAGGGUAGUGGGGCGAUUAAAUAAUUAACUUGGCUCGUGUCUUGUCCAAACUGACUUACUGUUAAUGUGGUUGGCUCUCUAUUUUACCUCCUUCACAGACGCUGACCUUGAUUCUCUUACUUAGAACUUAUCAGUGAGUGAAGCUGUGUCUCACAAUUACUGCCCAUUUCUUAGUCAAUUUUUAAUCUUUAAUUAACCAGCAUUUAUAUAGUGGCCAGUAUAAAGCACCAAGAUUUCUACAACACAAACAGGAGCCAGCUGUAGUCACACUGAAUCAAUUAGAUCGAGCGUGGUGUGAUCAGGUGGCUUAAGACUUGAUAAGAUAAUGACGUUAAAAACAUAAGACCCGUAUUUACUUCACUACCUGAUUCUCUUGCAUUCACUAAUCUAUUAAGACUUUCAUGUAAGUAUUAUGCUUCUUUAGAUCAAAUACUUCUUUGAAGUUUUUCAGCCUCCGUGCCCCAAACUGUGCCUGUUAUAACUAAUGCAAUCAGUCAGCAUGGCUUUGUGCUUUUAAAUGAAGAAAUGUGAAAUUUCGAGUUGAAGGAGUAUUAGCUGGCAUUAUGAAGGCUAUGCAAUGCAAUGGACUUGAAUCUGAACUGUUCUCACAGCAGCGGUUAUAUAUUUUAUCAGUUUCUCAUUGAAAUAAAUUAUAUAUUGAUAUAUAUUUAGUUGCAAAAAAAAGGAAUUGACAAAUCCAAAUACACCUCUCCUUGUUAUACAUGUAUUUUAUUUUUUUUUAAUAUUUUAUGACUAACAAAGAAGAGUGUUUAAUACGGAGCAUUAUUUAGCAUACUGCUUAGAAUAGACCAGAGGGUGUGUGAAAAGAAAUCUGAUCGUGAUGUUCAGGUUGAUUUUUAACAUGUGGAGAAUCUGAUGUCUGUGUCACUUGUGUGUCCGUUAAUGGCAGCUGAGAUUUAUUCUUAUGAGUGACCACUAUUAUAAACAUAUUGCAAAAAGAUACUCAAAUGACUUACAGCACAUGAGAUAGUCACAGCAUCAGUCUGCUUAUUAGCUUCUAUAUAGCCAAAGAAUUUUAGUCUUACUGCUAAUAAAGUUUCCUUUAAUGUCA